AUGCUAUUUAGCAACAUUUUUUACAACGUAUCACGGCGGUGUAAAGAGAAGAACAUUUUAUACCUCAUCAAAAAAGGGAAAUUUUUCUCCACAGAAAGGAGUGUUUUGCCAGAAAAACGCAGAGGCAUCAUGGGGGAAAACCCUCCCCCCGUUGGUAAUCCUCAACCGGUAUAUAAAAGCUACAAGGGUCAUGAUCUAAGCAUAGUAUAUGAAAAUGAGUUCUUCUUGGUGGUGAAUAAGCCUUAUGACAUAAAGUUGGAAAAGGGGAAGCUGGACGAUAUAUACCCCUCCGUGGAAACGCUUCUUCGGCAGAAGACCAACUUGGAUGUGUUCAGAAUUUGCGGGCAGCUGGACUACGCCACGAGCGGCCUCCUAAUCAUCGCCAAAGACAAACUCAGCUGCAACAUCCUAAACUACAACAUAGAAAGCAAGCGCAUAAGCAAAAUAUACCUAGCCAUGUUGUACGGACACCUACCCCUAGGAAUUCUCCAUGUAAAUACACCUAUAAGUAAAGUAAAGAAUAAUUUUAAAAUGAAAUUAUGUUACAACUAUAAUGACUACUAUGACAAUGGAAAAUAUUGCUACAGUUUAAUUUAUCCGUAUAAACAGUGCUACUUAAAUAAUCAGAAGGUAACUCUGUGUGAGCUUCGGACGGUUACGGGGAGGAGGCACCAGCUAAGGCUUCAUGCCCUUUGUCUAGGCAGCGGGAUUGUGGGAGAUGAAACGUACUUUGAGGAUAUGAUAAGUAAUAAGUAUAAAAUUAGUUGUACUUCCAACCCGCGUGACGUACAAAUAGGAGCGUUUACUCAGGGUGACAAACAGGAGCGGUUCCUUCAUGCGGAAGAGGGAACAAUCACCAAAAUUGACGCCGAGCGGAUGAUGCUGCACUGCUGGAUUAUCCUAAAAAAUAAAGAGGACCAAAAGAAGGAGCUUAAAAAAACAGAAGACAUAAACAUGUUGGAAAAAAAAAUAUUCGAUAGGGAUUACAUCAUCUGCUCAGAUGAAAUAAGUAAAUUUGUUAAUGAGGAAGAAAGGACGUAUGAACAGUGUGUUCUAAAAAACGACGACAUAAUAAAUGAUAAUUUUGUUAAUUACAAUGUUAGGAAUAUAAAUAAAAAUAUAAAAAAUAUUGAUAGAAGGUUAAACAGGGGGAAAUAUGACCCCUUGUUGAGGAGUCCCGACGCAGUGGAAAAAUUAAACAGAUUGGACGGCUCACAUUUCUUGAACAGGGAAGAGCCAGACGAAAAUGGAAGGAGAGAAAAUAACUCACAGGGGAAGGGAGCUACUGAGAAGGGACAGCUGCAUCAGACAGAUAAUAUUAUACCUACAGAGGAACACACCGAGCAGCCUUCACACCCAAGCAAUGUGCAAACCGUUGAUGUAACGGGCACCUUUAUAAAUGCCCAAAAGGUUGAUAAAAAUGCCAUUUAUUUGGUGAAAAAUGACAGGUAUGAAAAUCCAAACCUCUUGUUUGACGACAUUCACGACAGUGUUAAUAAAUUUAAUUGGGGCUAA